GGACAGCCAAACAAGCCAGCCGCUGUCUCGGUCGCGUGUCAUUCACUCGCUCUAGAUCCGCGUAAUUACACGGCGUUCGAGCAAGUGAACCCAGCUCCCAUACUCACAUUAGUUGUUAUUCAUUGUUCUGUUCUGACGCCUCCGGUUAGUCAGUACGCUAUAUUCGUGCUAAGUGCGCGUCGGUACCAACUGCGCCUGCGUCUAAGUCAUCAAAAACAUACCUAUAAUGGCGCCUUUAUCGGUCUUCGUCACGAUGAUGGUCCUUAUCGGCCUGUCUGUAGCAGCAGUCGAUAUUUUGCAUCCUCUCUCCGACGAAUUUAUUAAUCUUAUCAACACAAAGCAGAAUCUGUGGAAGGCCGGCCGCAAUUUUCCAGUAAAUACAUCGUUCAAACAUAUUAAGAAACUAAUGGGUGUACUGCCAGAUGAUAACUUCGCGAAACUUCCAACGGUGACUCAUGAUGCUGAAUUAAUAGCAUCGCUUCCUGAAAACUUCGACCCAAGAGAUAAGUGGCCCGAUUGUCCUACUUUAAACGAAAUUAGAGACCAAGGAUCCUGUGGGAGCUGCUGGGCUUUCGGUGCAGUUGAAGCUAUGACAGAUAGAGUUUGCACUUAUUCAAACGGAACUCAGCAUUUCCAUUUCUCCGCUGAUGAUCUAUUGACCUGCUGUCCAAUUUGCGGCCUUGGUUGUAACGGCGGCAUGCCGAGACUCGCUUGGGAGUAUUACAAACAUUUCGGCAUCGUGUCUGGAGGCAAUUACAAUUCAAGCCAAGGAUGCAGACCAUAUGAAAUCGCUCCAUGUGAACAUCAUGUACCUGGUAACAGGAUGCCUUGCAGCGGUGAUUCCAAAACACCAAAAUGCACGAAAAGCUGCGAAACUAACUACAAUGUGCCAUACAAAAAAGACAAACGGUAUGCUAAACAUGUUUAUUCUGUCAGCGGUGGAGAAGACCAUAUAAAGGCUGAAUUAUAUAAAAAUGGACCUGUUGAAGGCGCUUUUACCGUCUAUUCCGAUUUGCUCGCUUACAAAGAUGGAGUAUAUAAACAUGUACAAGGCAACGCUCUCGGCGGACAUGCUAUUAAAAUCAUUGGUUGGGGCGUUGAGAAUGGAACCAAAUACUGGCUUAUUGCAAACUCGUGGAACACUGACUGGGGUAAUAACGGCUUUUUCAAAAUUCUCCGAGGUGAAGAUCACUGUGGCAUAGAAAGCUCUAUAACAGCUGGUGAACCUUUGUUAGUAAAUAAUUAGUUUUAUUAAUAUCAUAAAAUCUAUGUUAAUAUUGUAAUCAUAGUCAAAGCAAAUAGAUCUUUGUAUAAUAAAUAACCUAAGUAUAA